GACAUGGACAUGCCUUGCUUGUAACUGGCUGGGAAAUCUAACAGGAGAAAUACACUUGGCAAGGAUUCUUGGGCCUGAUUAACACCAAACAAGUUUAAAUAAAUAAGAAAUUUCAACAAGGAAAACAAAUGGGUGAAGAAAGCUUGAAGAGAAGAAAAGGAGAGGACAAAGGAAGGGAGGACAGACAAUCCAUUCAGAGUAAUGAGCCCCAAACGAUGAACCUACAAAAGCAGGUGGGCCUCAUUAGUGGAAUCUGUAUGAUUGUUGGUACAAUUAUUGGCUCAGGUAUCUUCGUUUCUCCAAAAUCAGUUCUUGCCAAUGUUGAAGCUGUGGGUCCUUGUUUAACCAUCUGGGCAGCCUGUGGAGUUCUGGCAACAUUAGGUGCACUUUGUUUUGCUGAGCUUGGUACAAUGAUCACAAAGUCUGGGGGAGAAUAUCCUUACCUCAUGGAGGCAUUUGGCCCGAUUCCAGCCUUUUUGUUUUCUUGGACAAGCUUACUGGUUACAAAACCCAGCUCCUUUGCAAUCAUCUGUCUCAGCUUUGCAGAAUAUGCAUCAGCUCCUUUUUAUCCAGGUUGUGAUCCACCCCAAGCUGUCAUCAAGUGUCUGGCAGCAGCUGCCAUUGUGGUAAUUACAGUUGUGAAUUCAUUGAGUGUGAAGCUGGGAAGUUACCUGCAGAAUUUUCUCACAGCUGCUAAAAUGAUCAUUGUCACAAUCAUUAUUGUAAGCGGAAUUGUUCUCCUGGCGCAAGGAAAAACAGAUAACUUCAAAGAUUCUUUCAAGGGCAGUAAAAUUUCUGUUAGCUCUAUCAGUUUGGCAUUUUAUAAUGGACUCUGGGCAUAUGAUGGAUGGAAUCAACUCAAUUACAUCACAGAAGAACUUAAAAAUCCUUACAGAAAUCUACCACUCUCUAUAAUUAUUGGAAUCCCCUUGGUCACAGUUUGUUACAUUCUGAUAAACGUUUCCUAUUUCACUGUGAUGACUUCAACAGAGCUCCUGCAGUCCCAGGCAGUUGCUGUGACAUUUGGAGAUAGAGUCCUUUAUCCAGCCUCUUGGAUAGUUCCUCUCUUUGUGGUAUUUUCAACACUUGGAUCUGCCAAUGGCACCUGUUUCACUUCAGGCAGACUUGUUUAUGUUGCAGGUCGUGAAGGGCACGUGCUGAAGGUACUGUCUUACAUCAGUGUUAAGUACUUAACACCAGCACCUGCUAUCAUAUUUUAUGGGACCAUUGCUAUUAUUUAUAUUAUUCCUGGUGACAUUGAUACACUCAUAAAUUACUUUAGUUUUGCAGUCUGGAUAUUUUAUGGUUUAACUGUACUUGCACUAAUUGUUAUGAGGUUUACAAGGAAGGAAGUCAAGAGACCUAUCAAGGUACCCAUCAUCAUUCCUGUCAUAGUGACAUUGGUCUCAGUUUUACUGGUAUUGGCACCAAUUAUCAGUGCACCUGAACUGGCCUAUUUGUACUGUACCUUAUUUAUACUUAGUGGACUCAUAGCUUAUGCACUUUUUGUUCAUUUAAAAUUCAGCUGGGCACAAAAAAUAUCAAAGCCCAUCACUAUGCACCUCCAGAUGCUUAUGGAAGUUGUUCCAGAAGAGGAAGUUACUAAAUGAAGUAUUUUAUA